AUGAACUUCAAGAACCUUUUCCUGUCUUUCUUCUUCGUCCUGGCGGUUGGACUUGCUCUUGUCCACGCCGAAGAGGCUCAGCCCCGGGGUCCCAAGAUCACCAGUAAGGUGUUCUUUGAUAUCGAGCACGGAGACAAGCCUCUGGGCAGAGUCGUGCUUGGCUUGUAUGGCAAGACUGUCCCUAAGACCGCUGAGAACUUCCGUGCUCUCGCUACUGGUGAGAAGGGGUUUGGCUAUGAAGGAUCUACCUUCCACCGUGUCAUCAAGGACUUCAUGAUCCAGGGUGGUGACUUCACUCGUGGCGAUGGUCAGUACUACAAGGAUCUUUAUGAUAUGUGUACAAUGCCCCCCUAUAUGCUGACACUUCAUACGAAAGGUACUGGUGGAAAGUCUAUCUACGGUGAGAAGUUCGCCGAUGAGAACUUCAAGCUGAGGCACACGCGCAAGGGUCUGCUGAGCAUGGCCAACGCCGGCAAGGACACCAACGGCUCCCAGUUCUUCAUCACCACCGUUCCUACACCUUGGCUCGAUGGCCGCCACGUUGUCUUCGGUGAAGUGCUCGAGGGCUACGAAAUUGUCGCUCAGAUCGAGAACGUGCCUAAGGGCCGUUCUGACAGACCCGUGGAGACUGUCAAGAUCGUCAAGAGCGGAGAGCUGGAGUCUGAGGACAAGGCUGAAGAAAAAGGUAGCAGCCACGAGGAGCUGUAG